UGCUGCGGCUGCUGCUGCUUUCCCUCCUCACACAUCUUUGCCCGAGCUGGCAAGGGCUGCUGGCGAGGGUAGGGGGGGUGGGCCCGCCGCCGCGGGCUGGAGACCUCUGGCCGCCCCGAGGCUGCGGCAGGGCGGCAGAUGGGCGCGGCGUUGAGCGCGGCAGCGCCCGAGUUCUGCUGCGCUGGCGGGGAGCGCGACUCUGCCCAGGGGCCGCUGGGAGACCCAACGCAGCCGCAGCUCUCCUCGGCGGGCCCGCCCACGGGCGCCAGCUUCACCGCGGAACCCGUUUUGUGGGCCAAGUGUGGGAGCCCACCCGCGGCCCACCACUCCAACAGAUGCGCCGACUGCCGCCCCUCGGUGGCCUUCACCGAGCUCAGGCCGCCCGUCCACGCGCCCUCCGCGCCCAAGCGGCUGCCGGAGGCGCGGGCUGUGGGCCCAGAGGCGGCGACGGCAAAGCGGCCGCGGGCGCUGAGUGACGCCCUUCCGACGCGGCCCGGGCGUUCCGCAGGAAGCAGAGAGCCGCCGACAGCGCUCACUUCUGCCACGGCCGCCACGACCCUGGAGGCCUCGCCCGUGGAUGCUAUGUCGUCGAGCCCCUCGCCCGUCGACCUGUGCGCCCGCCUUGUGCGCUUGCUGCGCGAAGCGCAGCGCUCGGGCUCCCUGCGGACCGCCCUGCAGCAGACGAGUCAGUGCUUGUUCGCCUUGCGCGCGCGGAUGGUUUUGUUGCUGGUGCGGGCCUGCAGGUCGGGAGAGCUGCGGGCAGAGCUGGUGCGGCGGCUGGCCUUGGAGUCCAUGGGAAGCGCGGAGGCCGCGGAUGAGCGGCGCAGGGCCACGGAGACCGCAGCGACUCAGAUUCAGGCGGUGAACCGCGGACACGCCGUGCGGGAGCCUUGCCCUGCAAGGGACGUCACGUCGGUUGCCCGUCGUUCCAUAGCAUCAGCAGGGGAGCCUGAGCCGCAGGCGCCAGCGGCAAAGGAGGCAGCGGCGGUGGCACGGCAGAAGGCAGCGGCAGGCCCACCAGCAGAGCCCAUGGUGCAGGAAACGCUGGAGCACUGUGCGCCAGAGCCGCAGCUGGAGCCGCCACGGCAGAGGGCUGCAGCCAUGACAGCUGCGCUGGUCGACCGAACUGCCGACCCUUCUAUAAUGCCGUUGGAGCUUGUGCUUGGUCUCACCACCCCACCAUCAGUGCGAGCAGCUCGACCGCUGUGUGGCCCCAUGGCCAUGGCAGGGCGUGCCCAGCGGUCCCCCAGCCUCGCAGAGCUGUGCGGCGAGGUUUCGACCAGCACGGCUCGCAGCAUUUCCCUCGUGGCGACCGCGCCGCGCGUGUCUUUGGACGAGCCGCUGGAGCAGCCACAGCGCGAAGAUGAGGGCACUGCGCAAGAUGUGCUCGAACCCAGUCCAUCGGCGAGGGAGGUUGAGGUAGAUUUGCCUGUGCCAGAAGCUGUUCCUGCGGCGCGGGAGUCCGUGGCAGCCUUACCAGCAGAGGCAUUGGCAGAGGAAUCGACGGAGCAGUGUGCACCGGGAAGGGAGGCAGAGGCUUCUUGCGAAGCCCGUGCUUGUGCAAGCCGCAUACUGGGAAGCUCGGCAUCCAAGGCCGAGGGCCGCUUGGAAAGAUCGCGCGUGGUAGAACGCGUGUGCUCGGCCAGUGAGUCGCCAGAGGAACUCAAGGCACCGUCGGCUUCGGUGGAUGCUGCGAUGGCACCGCAGGUGUCCGUGGCAGCCCCAUCAGAGGAAUCCGUAGCAGAGGAAGCACGACGGCAAUAUGUUCCAGAACUAGAGGCAGAGCCGCUACAGCCAACAGCCACAGCCAAGCCGACGCCGCUGGGCGACCGAUUUGCAGACCAGUCCGCACCGUCAGGACUGGCGAUCAGCCUCGGCACCCCGCCAGCGAUGCGAUCCUCUCUGAUCGGAGCUCCCAUGCCGUGUGGCCCCAUGGCCAUGGCAGGGCGUGCCCAGCGGUCCCCCAGCCUCGCAGAGCUGUGCGGCGAGGUUUCGACCAGCACGGCUCGCAGCAUUUCCCUCGUGGCGACCGCGCCGCGCGUGUCUUUGGACGAGCCGCUGGAGCAGCCACGGCGCGAAGAUGAGGGCACUGCGCAAGAUGUGCUCGAGCCCAGUCCAUCGGCGAGGGAGGUUGAGGUAGAUUUGCCUGUGCCAGAAGCUGUUCCUGCGGCGCGGGAGUCAGUGAGCGCGGGCGGUUCGGCCAAAGCGUCGGUGAGCGCGCCUGAGCGCGGAGCUGCGCUGGAGGCCGCUGCGGCCAGAGCGUCGGCUGGUGGUCUUGGCUUGCAGUCGCCGCCCGCCGCAGAGGCCUUGCUGGCGCGCCACUCUUCGGAGGAGCCCCUCGAAGGCGGGCCGGCGGCUCUGCGUGCAGAGUGCCUGGGCAGCGGCCUUGCCCCUGGCACUGCCCCCAGCAUUGCCAGGGGAAAUAGCCUGGAGGCCUUUCUCGACGAGCCGCUGCAGGGGAAGGCCGAGGGCGGCUCGCAGCCCGCGGCGACGCCCAGCACGCGGGCAGGCGGCUCCCCCGUGGGCGACCUGGCCGGAAGGCCGAGCCUGGAUGAGGCUGCGGGCGCGCUGGCCGACGGGGAGGGCCUGUCUGCCAGCAGCGCGCAGGCUGCCGAGGCUCCCAAGCCUAGGGCGAGCCUGGCCGAGUUCCUGGACGAGACGAUGGACGGGGAGGUCCCGGCUGCCAGCAGCGCGCAGGUUGCCGAAGCGAAGGGAGCGGAGGCGACUGAUGCCGACGGCGAGGUUCCGAGGCCUCGGGCGAGCCUGGCCGAGUUUCAGGAUGAGCUGGCGGGCGCGCGGGCCAACGGUGAUGGCCCAGCUGCCAGCAGCGCGCAGGCUGCCGCGGCCCUGGGCGGGGACUCGACGGCAGCCGACGGUGAUGUUCCGAGGCCCAGGGCGGGCCUGGCCGAGUUCCUGGACGAGGCGGUGGGCGCGCGGGCCGUUUGGGAAACCCUCCGGGCAAAAACAACUGCUGCCGACGAAGGCUGCGGCGAGGCUGCGAGGGCGAGCCGGGCUACGUUCGCGGACGAGCCGGCCGACCAGCUUGGCAUCUCCGCAGGGUUACGCGGCGGCCUCCGCCUGGUGGCCACGCUUGGAGCCCAGGCCCGUCGCGCCAAGCAGAACGUCGAUGAGAAGAAGGCCAAGGAUGCGGCCGCAGCCGAGGAGCAAUCCAGGGCGGGAAGGGCGGCGCGCGCCGCUCACUUCGCCGGGGAGGGCGCAGAGGAUCUACGCCCGGCGAGGAGGACGCGGGGGCGCCUGGUGACUGCCGCCGCCGAGGCCCGCAAGACCACGAUGACCAUGUGCCAGAGCGGAGGGUCCGACCUGCUCACCCAGGCCAUCUCUGAUGGCAACAUGGAGCUGGUCAGGACGCUGCUAGAGCAGGGCCACGACCCCGACCCCGAGGUCGCCGACGGGAGCACCUCACUGCUGCUGUUUGCCUCUUCCAUUAACGAGCCGGACAUCGUGAAGCUCCUCGCAGAGUACGGUGCCGACGUCGACAAGGCCGACCAGAACGGCGUCACGCCGCUACUGGCCGCGGCGUGCAGCGACGCCGCGGACGCCGUGCAGGCGCUCUGCGAGCUGGGCGCGGAUGUGGACCGAGGGGACUCAGAGGGCUGGACGGCUCUCUACGCGGCCGGCUUCUGCGACUGCCUGGACGCCGUCGAGGAGCUUCUGGAUGCCGGCGCGGACGUGACGCUGAAGGCAAAGGAGGGAAUGAACCCGGCGGAGGCGGCCGCGCAAGAGGGCAACCAGAAGGUCCUCUGCACCCUCAACGAGGCGUUGGAGGUCCAGCGCGCCGAUGCCCUCAGGUGCUCGGAGGCUGGCGAGACUCCCUCGCAGGAUCGGGCGGGCCCAUGACCGGAUAAAUCGUUCCAGAGCGUUCCGGAACGCUCGCGCUCGCAGAGCGUUCUGGCACGAUCCGGAACAGCCGCGGCGCUUGAUACAUCCCCCAGAACCGCCGGAUCUGAGAGAUCCCCGAUGUAUCCGUAUCCGAUUAAGUCCCGGUCCUGGCUUCGUCUUGCAGGAGCGUCGGCAGAGGUGCUGGAGGCAGCACAGGCAUCGAACAGCGGCGGCACAGAAUACGUAUAAACUUUGGGAGCUUUGUGCGGAUCUCGUGGAUCGGCGCUGGACCCCCCUCCCUGGCGCGAGGGGCGCACCAGGGGCGGCGCUGGAGGCGCCGCCAGGGGGGCCCAGUGCCCAUCCAAGAAAUCCGCGUGGAGCUCCGAAAGUUUCUGCUCUGGGGGCUGGUCCUUCGAGUAAUGGAUCGACUACGUACAGCAUUGAUUUACCCCGAACUUCAUUUGUCUCGUCGAAUCCAUGGAAACUGCGUAGAUCUUUGAUAGAUUUACGACAUUUGUAUGUAUUCGCUAGUCGACUCGACGUGAAAGUUGGUCUUGGGCUAAAUCAGUUCUGCAGUCGAUCCCCUGCUCUGUUCUUUCUUCUCAGGCAGUCGAAGGCCCAGGGCCAGCUGAAAGGGGCCGGCACGCGCCUGUGGACCGCCGUGAGGGUGGCCAGGGCCCCGAGCGGGAGCUCGGUGGCCGAAGCCUCGCGGAGCUAGCCAGCCGCCGCCGCGCUAGUCUCUGGCCCGCCUCGGGCAGGAGCGCGGCGGGCACCGCCGCCAGGCAUCCUCAUCGCUCAGUAUCUCAGCUUUGGGGCUCAAGAGGGGUUCUGUCCAUCCCCGACCCUUGCCCAUGGUCGAUCUUGCGUGUGGCCGAAGAGCUUGGACGCGCCAAGCCGUUGCCCGCGCGGCCGUCGGGCCUUCAUCUUCUGCGACCCCUUCGCCGCGGGGGCCGUCUUUUCGGCCCAGAUCGUCCUGCUCGACGGUCUUGUCGCCCGGAAGCGGCCUCCGCAGGCCAACAUAGCGAUCAGCCUCCGCCUCGUUUUUUUUUGCUCCAGGCGUCGGAGGUCUACGCACUUUUUCCCACUCACUUGUGCCCUCGUGCUCCUUGGGCCGCCGGAGGAUGGAG